AUGAGAUCUCUUUGGGCUUUGUUGACGGUUGCCGGAUACACUGUUGCUCAGUGCCCCUUUGCGGGUAACAUGGCAGCCAGUAUUCCAAUGGAUCUACCUCUAUACACCAACGACACUGAUGUUUACAUGACCACCGAUUGGGGUACCCCGAUCCAGGACCAGCUCAGUCUAAAGGUCGGUCCAAGGGGUCCGACUGUCUUAGAGGAUUUUAUGUUCCGACAGAAGCUUCAGCGCUUCGACCAUGAGCGAAUCCCGGAGCGCGUUGUUCAUGCUAGAGGAGUCGGAGCGUAUGGAACAUUCACUUCUUACGCGGAUUGGUCCAAUAUCACAGCUGCCUCUUUUCUCAGCGCAGAGGGGAAACAGACAGAGACUUUCGUACGCUUCUCUACCGUUCAGGGUUUCAGGGGAAGCCCAGACACUGUUCGUGAUAUGCACGGAUUUGCUACCAGAUUUUAUACUGAUGAAGGGAACUAUGAUGUUGUUGGAGUCACUGUGCCUGUGUUCUUCAUUCAGGAUGCCAGUCAAUUCCCUGACUUGGUUCAUGCAAUUAAGCCAGAGCCUCAGACUGAGAUACCUCAGGGUGGAACUGCCCAUACUACUGCUUAUGACUUCUUCUCUUCUCAGGCUAGUAGUCUACACACAUUACUCUGGUUCAUGGCUGGCCACGGAAUUCCCCGUUCUUUCCGCCAUGUCGACGGAUUUGGUGUUCACGCUUUCCGCUUUGUUAACGCCACUGGCAACUCUGUAUACGUCAAAAUCCACUUUAGAAGCCUGCAGGGUGUUGCUGGUAUGGUUUGGGAAGAGGCCCAGGCUGUUGCUGGUAAGAAUUUCGACUAUCAUCGCCAGGAUCUCUACAAUGCUAUUGAUAGAGGACACUUUCCUGAAUAUGAGUUCGGUGUUCAAAUUGUUCAAGAAUCCGAUGCCUUAGCCUAUGGCUUUGAUAUCAUAGACCCUACAAAGUUCAUCCCUUUGGAUGUUGUUCCUGUUACUUGGCUUGGGAAGAUGCAGCUUAAUCGCAAUGUAGUCAACUACUUUGCCGAGACGGAGCAGAUCGGCUUCCAGCCUGGCCAUGUGGUUCGCGGUAUCGACUUCUCUGAAGAUCCUCUUCUCCAGGGUCGUCUCUACUCCUACCUCGAUACGCAGCUCCAGCGUCACGGAUCAGCAAACUUUGAGCAACUUCCUAUCAACCGUCCUAAGAUUCCGGUUCACAACAACAACCGAGAUGGUUUCAUGCAGUCCACGAUUCCAACCAACCAAUAUGCGUACACCCCAAACACCCUGAAUUAUGGUUCUCCUAUGCAGGCCAAUCAGACUGUUGGUGAUGGAUUUUUUACUUCUCCCAAUCGUUUCUACAGCGGUGACCUUGUCCGUCAACAAAGUUCAACCUUCAAUGACUUCUACACUCAGCCCCGUCUGUUCUGGAAUUCACUUUCCCCGGAAGAGCAACAAAUGGUCGUAAAUGGUCUUCGUUUUGAGGUAUCUCAUGUUCCUGAAACAUCCGUGAGACAUAAUCUUGUCACGCAACUGAACAGAAUUGAUAAUGACCUUGCCUGUCGUGUUGCCGCGGCCCUUGCUAUUGUCUGCCCUGCUCCCGACCCUACCUACUACCACAACAACAAGACUAUCGGUGUCAGCACCUUCAAUCCAUUAUACAAUAUUUCUGGCUUGCAGAUUGCUUUUCUUGCGUCUGAAGCUUCCCCUGCGUCAUUGAGCCAGGGUAUGCAGCUUUCCGAGAGCCUGGCUUCUGCUCAGAUUGAUGUCACCGUUGUUGCGGAGUCUUUACAGAAUGCAAAUGCGACUUACUCUGCCACUGAUGGAUCCAUGUACGAUGCAAUUAUCGUGGCAAAUGAUAUCCAGGCUCUUUUUUCGGAAAGUAGCUUUACUAUGCAGCCCAACAGCACCAGCGACAUGCCCAAAACGGUAUCUCCAGCCUCUUCUCUUUUCCCUGCCGGUCGUCCGCUCCAGAUCCUGGUCGAUGCUUUCAAGUAUGGAAAAACUGUUGGAGCUCUUGGAUCCGGGUCUCAGGCAUUGAAAUCGGCUGGAAUCUCAUCAACCCGGCCGGGCGUAUAUGUUGCCGAAAACAUCAACGCCAACUUUGUCAAAGAUAUCGAAAGCGGACUGACAACAUUCAAAUGGCUUGACCGUUUCACUCUGGACUCCAACUAA